AUGAUUUCCCAAUUGCCAGUCACCGAAAAAGAGCCCAUCAAUCUUCAGGGCGGAUGGCCAACACCAAGACUGCACCCGGUGGAAGCCAUGAGGGCGGCCACUUUGGAACUUUUUGCCCGCGAUGAUAUCGAUGAGCUUUUGAAAUACGGGCCCGAACACGGCGACCUGUCCCUGCGCUCUAAUCUCGGGGAGUGGCUUUCCUCUUCCUAUGGUGCCCCAGCCGGUCCCAUUGGCGGCGACCGCAUCAUUGUGUCCAACGGCGCAUCCAACGGACUCGCCGUGAUUCUGCAAAAGUUUGCCGACGUCACCGUGACCAGAAACAUCUGGAUGGUGGAGCCGACGUACUUUUUGGCUUGUCCCGUAUUUCGCGACGCCGGAUACGGCGACUGCAUCCGUGGUGUGCCCGAAGGUCCCGACGGCAUUGACUUGGUGUACUUUGAGAAGGCGCUGGAGGAGCUAGAGGCCGGCCAGCAUGAGGCUCUUCCGUCUCGGCUCCCGUCGAAAACGCCCAAAAAUGGAUACCCCAAGAUUUUUCGGCACAUCCUGUACAUGGUCCCUACCUUUUCCAACCCGAGCGGACGCACAAUGUCUUUGGCGCAAAGAGAAAAGUUGGUCCGCGUUGCUCGUAAGCAUGACGUCUUGAUUGUCACUGAUGAUGUGUACGAUCUUCUUCAUUGGACGCCUGGGCAUGAAGCAGUCCCGGGUAAUACUACGCGUCUGUUGCCUCGCAUGGUGGAUGUUGAUCGUUCACUCGAAGGAACCAAUGAGUUUGGCAAUGCCGUGAGCAAUGGCUCCUUUUCCAAGAUUGUCGCACCCGGCGUCCGUGUCGGAUGGCUGGAAUCCACGCCAGCUUUCAUCAAGGCAAUGGGCACCGUAGGAGCGACUGUAUCUGGAGGUUGUCAAGGCCACUUAUCAUCAUUGGUACUCAACCAGAUGCUAAGUAAUGGUGCUAUUACACAGCACCUCGAAAACGUUUUGAUCCCUACCUACUCCCGUCGCUACGACGCCAUGGUGGGCGCCAUUCGAAGGUUAUUAUUUCCAUUUGGUGUAAAAAUCAUGGAAGACCCUCAAGACCCGGCCAAGAUCGGAGCAUCGGAAGGCUUGGCUGGAGGCUUUUUCUUGUACAUCACCUUUCCACAAGACGGCUCAUUGCCACCUACCGAGGAAAUAGCUAGCUUUGCACUCGAGGAGUACAGUCUCAGAAUUGCGCCCGGUAAAUUGUUCACAGUAACGGACAAGGCCUCGAAUAGAGAAGCUCGCUCGAAUGAAUACAUUUCUGGCGCGCGAUUGUGUUGGGCGUGGCAUGAAGAGGACGUUUUGGUGGAAGGAAUUCAGCGACUAGCUAGAGUUCUUAAUCAUUUACAUAGGUGA